AUGUGCGGUGCAGGUGAAGAUGCAGACGUCCGAGCCCUGCAGAGUGAUAGAUCCUCCUACACACUGACUGCCUUGAACUCUAGGGCCAGGGCGGCACCUGCCGACUCCAGGGCGGCUCGGCCGUGCCCCUCCUGUGCGGGCCCGGGCGGUGUCUUCCUUGGGGGCGGAGCGGAGAGGGCGGCGACCGGGACGCGGCGACGCGCAGAGCGGCCAUGCGCAGCGUGGAGGACGAGCCUGCACGCCGUGGUCAUGCGCGGCGUCUGGGUGAGCGUCCCAUCUUUGGUGACCCCUGGCCGUUCGGCCCCGCCUCCACCGGCCCAGCCGUAUCAGAGGCGGGAAAUUUCUUCUUGGCUGGCCCGAUGGUUCCCCAAAGACCCAGCCAAGCCAGUGGUGGCACAGAAGACACCCAUCAGAUUGGAGCUGGUUGCCGGGAAAACCUACAGGUGGUGUGUAUGUGGCCGAAGCAAGAAUCAGCCCUUCUGUGAUGGCUCCCACUUCUUCCAGCGUACUGGCCUUUCUCCACUCAAAUUCAAGGCCCAAGAGACACGCACAGUGGCCCUAUGUACCUGCAAGGCCACUCAGCGGCCCCCUUACUGUGACGGUACCCACAAGAGUGAGCAGGUACAGAAGGCAGAAGUAGGUUCCCCACUCUGAGGGGGUACUGUGACUCCAGGCAGUAAUGCCGAGCCAUAUAUGGAAGGGAACGUCCAAGGACCCCAUCUUGUUAGCAACUGUACCCUGAAAAACCUGUAUUCUCCUGUCCUGUUGGGCAGCUGAGAGCCAGGUCCAGCAUCCGGUAAAGCUGUCAAUAAACACUGAGGCCUGCCCUCUAACUAA